AUGCGCUUCCGACACUUCAUCGCCCUCGCAGACCCACGUCUCUACACGCCAGCCAACUUCCGUAUCCGCUCCCACUGGCGCACCAUGGCCGCCGCCCCACCCCCAGACCGCGCCAUUAAGCUAUUGAUGCUUCACGGCUACACACAGUCUGGACCUCUGUUUCAGGCCAAGACGGGCGCUUUGCGCAAAACGUUACAAAAGGCCUUUCCUAAGGGCAUAGAGCUCGUGUAUCCCACCGCACCAAUACGUUUGACACCCGCCGACGAAUCGUUCCUAGCGGGUAGCACGGGGAAAGAUGGCGAGGGUGGGGAAGGGAAGGAGAGAGAGGAGCAGGAGAUUGAUGCGUGGGCGUGGUGGAGGAGAAAAGGCUCAGGAGAACCAUAUACAUACGAAGGCAUUGAGCAGGGCCUGGCUCACAUUGCAGGCGUGCUGAAAGAACAAGGUCCUUUUGACGGCGUUGUGGGGUUCUCACAAGGUGGUGCCGCGGCAGCCAUGGUCGCGAGUUUACUUGAACCUGAUCGUCGCGCCGCUUUUGAGAAACUGUACCCAGAGGGCGGCAUGAGGUUCCCAGAGUCUUUCGAAGAGGACACUGGGUAUGUUGAGGGAACGAUACAUCCGCCGCUGAAGUUUGCGGUCAGUUACAGCGGCUUCGCAGCGCGUGGAAAGAACCCGUAUCACGCGUUCUACGAACCUAAGAUUAGUACGCCUAUGUUACACUUCCUAGGCACACAGGAUGUGGUAGUUGAGGAGGCAAGGAGUUUGGCCUUGGUCCAGGCUUGUGAACACAGCGAGGAGAAGUAUGUUGUGUACCAUCCUGGGGGUCAUUUCCUACCGAGCACGCAGAAGGCUAGCGUCAAUGCAUUGAUCGGAUUCAUCAAAGAGGUCCUGCAGGAACAGAAAGGCGGGGCAAAGAAGGAAGAGGAGAGUGUUGAGGACAUGGACGUGCCAUUCUAG